AUGGCCAAAACCUCUCCAUUUGACCAGAAGAAGCACGCCAUUCUACAAGAAAUUGGUGUGACCUCUGAGGAUGUUCCAGAUGCCUCUCCAAAAGGAACCAUCGAUGAGCUUUGUCUACCGGUCAUCAACUUGAUCAAUUCUCAUCCGGAUAUGGUCACCACAUCGCUGUGCUCAGGCAGAGUUUCGGUUUUCCUCGAGGGAAACAAGACGCAAUCUCAGAUCGGUGCCAAGGGUAAUGAGGGAAGGUGGCUUUUCGUUACCCAUGAACCAGAAAACCUCGAGAAUUGGUACGAUUCGUUGGACUUCAAAUACCAAGAAGCCAAGGUCAUAGAUGGUACCACAAGAUACAUUCUUUUCAAAUUUGAACCCCUCAUUCUCCAUGUGAAAUGUCGAGACUUGAACACUGCCAACCUUCUCUUUUCUACUGCUAUGGGAUGCGGAUUUCGAGAGACUGGAAUCGGCAGCAAUAACAUCGUGGGAAUCAGGAUUCUGAUCAAGCUAGAUAUCCCAAUUGGCUAUUUCGAUGAUGGGAAACUUGUGCUGUUUGUCUCGAAGAAUUAUCUUCAAGUUGUCACGAAACUUUCACUAGAUAGAUUCAAUGAGAAUUUCAGAAAGAUGCACCAGCUUGAAGACGCGAUCAAGGACAUGGGUGUGGCUGGCAUUGAUGACAUCGAAAGCAAGGAACAGAGACGGGAGAGAAUGAUCAAGGAAGGUUUGGAGAGAAGAGAGGCAGUCAGAGCCGAAAAAGAGAGAAAGAAGUUAGAAAAAUUGAAGUUGGAAGGAAAACAGUAG